UAGCAGCUAUCUGAUCUGUCUAGAUACUGAAUCCCUUUGUAUAUCGCUGUAUAUUUGUGUGUAUUUAUAAUCCAUAUAUAUUAUUCAUAUGGUGCUUUGGGUCAUUUUGCUCUAUUUAGGUUUCUUUAAAGGUAAUGUAUCGUCACACUCCGAUGAUCUCAGGAUAUUUAUGAAGUGGGUGUUUUGUGUCAUGAUCAUGGGAUCGCUGUGUUAUUCCUGUAGGGGGUUUGAAAGUAAUUCAAGAUUUCGUCACUGGCUACUCAAACUAGGUUAAUAACGCGGCAGGCUUUUGUUAAUGAAGCGGGCUUUCAUUCUGAUGGGAAUCGGUGACGGGAGGGACGCUUCGCCAGCGCGCGGGUGACAUUUGGUGGCGCACGUGGUGCCAUUUCAGGGGUUUGCAUGCGCACCCCCCAGUCUGGAUGUGUAUGGAGGGAAAAGGGACAGUUCCUUAGCUAUGGUGCAUUCAAUGAAUCCCCGCGACGGGAUUUUCUUUUUUGCCAUCACGGUGUGGCUCCAUCUCCCACUUGUGCAGCACCCGAUUGAUUUCAAAUUUUGCGGACGGUCUGAGGCGGGGGCGGGAAGCGCCGCAGGACGCCGGGUGCUGCCGACGCGGCGCUGAGCUUUCGGGGAUCGGCGGCAGCGGCGAUGGAGAACGGCUCCGUUAGUCCCGUUUGGGGGGUGAACGGCGGAAACAACGGCACCAAGACGCACAAGUGUCUGCAGGUUCUUUACGAAGACAUCGGCGACUCCUGGGUGCGUUUCUGGGAUUUACUGCUCCUGGUGCCCAACGUGGCAUUUUUCGGGUUCCUGUUGUGGAAACUGCCAUCAGCUCGAGCCAAGAUCCACCUCACCCCAAGCCCAAUCUUCAUCACCUUCUACAUACUGGUAUUUGUCGUUGCUGCGGUCGGGAUUACCCGUGCCGUCGUCUCCAUGACGGUCAGCGCCUCCAGCGCCGCUACCAUUAUCGACAAGGUGCUGUGGGAGAUCACACGCUUCUUUCUGCUGGCCAUCGAGUUGAGUGUCAUUAUACUGGGGCUGGCCUUCGGUCACCUUGAAAGCAAGUUGAGCAUCAAGCGUGUUCUGGCGAUCACAACAGUGCUGUCUCUGGGAUAUUCCGUCACACAGGGCACCCUGGAGAUCCUCUACCCUGAUAGGCACCUGUCGGCAGAGGACUUUAACAUUUAUGGCCAUGGGGGGCGACUUUUUUGGUUGGCUAGCUCCUGCUUCUUCUUCUUGGUUUACUCCUUCAUAGUCAUCCUUCCCAAGACUCCUGUGAGAGAGAGGAUUUUCCUACCAUCCAAGAAGACCUUCUACGUAUAUGCUGCCAUCCUGUCCCUGUUAAACUUGCUACAGGGGAUCGGUAGCGCUCUGCUGUGUGCGGACAUCAUUGAGGGACUCUGCUGUGUUGAUGUGACCACAUUCCUCUACUUCUCUGCCUUUGCACCACUCAUCUAUGUCACAUUCCUUAAAGGCUUUUUUGGCUCGGAGCCAAAGAUCCUCUUCUCCUACAGAUCCCAGGUAGACGAGCCAGAGGACAUGGAUGUACACUUGCCUCCUACUUAUGCUGUGGGCAGGAAGGACCUCUAUCCCGACUUCUACUCCAGCACACACAUCGACAGCUCCUCUGCGUACCUGGAUGAUGUUGUGUCAGGGCCUUAUCCCGUGGGCAGCAUCAAUAGUGUGGACAGUGACCGCUGGAGGGCCUUCAACUCCUAAGAGGAGCUGGCUGAGGGAGCGAGACCAUUCCUAGCAGGACAGUCACUCAUAGAUGCAGGGAAGGGAGCAGUAUUCUGAAGCUCUCCCAAAGAGAGCUUGGUCCCAUGGGAAUCGGCCUUGUGUUUUAUUCAGAAGAUGCAUUUGAGCUGCACAAUCCACAGCCACCUUAAGUGUUACCCCAUUAAAAUAAUUUUAAGGAAAUCGACUGGAAAAAUAAUGUGAAAAUUAGCGUCAGUGAUCAGCUGGGACUCUUGGCUAUCUGGCCGUAUCUUUGCAUGAUAUCUGUGAAUUUGGAUCAUUUGUUCUCUGUGACCGUUUCGAUACUUCAGCUCUGGUCCUGGAAUGUAUUACAUCCGAGAUUUGAUCAGCCCUCCUGUGCUGUUAAAGGAAGGCUUUGGGGGAACUGUAAGAUAGGUGGCCUUUGAAUACCCUGCGCUGUGUGUAUUCCAGGACGUUCUUUUACAUUCCUGCAUGUUGUGGGCUCCCCACGCGAGGCCUUUGUGCAAAUGAGAUUAGACUCUUGGCCUUGCAGAGGAGGUGGCCACGUGGCUCCUUUGCACCUCAGCGUUGAGCUAAAUCAGUGAUUCCUGAAUUUCCAAGACCGUUUAAGAUGAGUCUUCUUAGUUUUGGUCCUGGAGGUGAAUGUCUAUAAGAUUUUGUUGCAGCCGGGUGCUCAACCACCUGAUGCAAGUAACUGCCUUUCAAUUAUUUACCUUCUGAACUUGCUUUAUUAAUAUUUCACACUUGAUCAACUUCAAUGUGCUUUUCAAGUCCCUAAGUUUGAGAGCCGCAGAACCUCCCUGGACUCUGCCUUUGAGGCCUGUGACCAAAAGCUGCUCGCACCACUAAAAUCAGGUUCUGUGGAGUUCUUAGCACCGUUUGUUUUGUAGGAGACUCUCAUUACUUUCAUUUUCCCCACAGUUCCUACAUUUUAAUUUCAGAUUGACUAAUUCUGCAGAUAUGCUGAGUAAUCGGAUGUACAUGAAAGAGACAUUGAUGGCAAUCAACGAGGAUCCGAGACCCGCGGUCUCUCUGCUUUAUGGGGGGGUGGUGUGUUUUCUGUACAUGUGU